CAUGCCAAGGGACUGCAAAUGUCCAACAGCAGCUCCAUCAGCCACUUCCUCCUGCUGGCACUGGCAGACACGCAGCAGCUGCAGCUCCUGCACUUCUGCCUCUUGCUGGCCAUCUCCCUGGCUGCCCUCCUGGGCAACGGCCUCAUCAUCAGCGCCGUAGCCUGCGGCCACCACCUGCACACGCCCAUGUUCUUCUUCCUGCUCAACCUGGCCCUCCCUGACCUGGGCUCCCUCUGCACCACUGUCCCCAAAGCCAUGCACAAUUCCCUCUGGGACACCAGGAACAUCUCCUACACAGGAUGUGCUGCACAGCUCUUUUUCUUUCUGUUCUUCAUCUCAGCAGAGUUUUCCCUCCUGACCAUCAUGUGCUACGACCGCUACGUGUCCAUCUGCAAACCCCUGCACUACGGGACCCUCCUGGGCAGCAGAGCUUGUGCCCACAUGGCAGCAGCUGCCUGGGCCAGUGCCUUUCUCUGUUCACUGCUGCACACAGUCAAUACAUUUUCCCUGCCUCUGUGCCAUGGCAAUGCCCUGUGCCAGUUCUUCUGUGAAAUCCCCCAGAUCCUCAAGCUCUCCUGCUCCAAAUCCUACCUCAGGGAAUUUUGGCUCAUUUCUGUUAGUGUCUGUUUGGUAUUUGGUUGUUUUGUGUUCAUUGUUUUCUCCUAUGUGCAGAUCUUCAGGGCUGUGCUGAGGAUCCCCUCUGAGCAGGGACGGCACAAUGCCUUUUCCACCUGCCUCCCUCAUCUGGCCGUGGUCUCCCUGUCCGUGAGCACUGUUAUAUUUGCCUAUCUGAAGCCCCCCUCCAUGUCCUCCCCAUCCCUGGAUCUGGCCCUGUCAGUUCUGUACUCGGUGGUGCCUCCAGCCCUGAACCCCAUCAUCUACAGCCUGAGGAACCAGGAGCUCAAGGCUGCUGUGAGGAGACUGAUGACUGGAUGCUUGCUUAAGGCUGUGUCUGCUUGUCCUGCCCUCCAGCACAUCCACACUCACACCCAGCCUGGUGUCAUCUGCAAUUUGUGA